AUGGGUAGUCGGAAAAAAAAGCAGCCCAAACCCGUGGCUAGACAAUUCCCCCAACCUCGACCUGCUCAGGUGUUGAAGAGCGGAAAGAUAGAAGCACUAGAAGAAACGCCAGCGACUGCUUUCUUGACUUUGAAGCUCGACCCUGCGAAGUUGGCGCGGUUUCCUGCUGCUUCCAAGGUGUUUAAUCCAUAUGUCAAGAGCGAGAAGAAGGACGACAACGAUCAGAGGGAUCAGAAUGUGGCACCUGUCGCCGAGGAAUUCGCAUUGACGCCCAGAAACCCCACGAAUGACGGUGCCGAUGGACCUGGCGAGCUUGGUCAGGAGCCUAAGACUGCAGGGGAUGGAGAGCCUGUGGAGCUUCCUGCUUGGGCGCAGCCAACCCCAUCGAAGGGCAAAUCUAGGCUACUACUUCCGGCGCACUACGAGGAGCAGCGGGCCAAGUCCAAACUCAUCGCUCUCGAAGUCCGCAAGCAUCUGCGCAAACGUCCAUCUCCCAAUCCACAACCCAAACCACAAAAGAAGGUGAAGAUCAAUCCAGUUGUUCAAAUAUUUCCCGCCGACGACGACCCACCCUUCCUAGAGUCGACUGAACCGCUGAAGGGGUCUCAGUCUGCAUCUGGCGAUACCGAUGAUGACCCUCACUACCUGAUUCCGUAUUCUUCAGUCAGAUUCCUUCACCCCUUUGGCGCGGACGACGACACUGAAGCCAGCAGCGUCGCCCACGAUUUCGACAACAUGUCUGAAGCACCCGAGAAGGGCGGUCAACGUCCACAACUCAAGUUGAAGUUGAGCAAGCCCCAGAUACCGCAGGCAGGAUCUCAACCACCAGUACAAACACCGGUGCCUACAAGCGCGAUUCGCACACCCUCCAUCAAGCUCAAACUCGGCGGGCCAUCAGCUGGCUCUACAAGCACCCCUAAGCCUCCGCCUUCAGGCACUAUCAGCGUGUCGACCCCGGCCUCCUCAUCUCAAAAGAAACGCAAACGGCCGAGCAAAGCCGCCGCCGAAUCCGAAGAUGAAUUAACUGCGCCACCGACCAAGCCUAAACCAACGGCCAUACCGAAACUCACGUUGAAAACGCCCUCCAUUCCUGCCGGCCCUUCGAAGCAUGCGACGGCCACUACGGUCAAGUUGAAGGCAAAAGGAAAAAUUCCAAAACGGCCUAUUGGUGUAGGUUAUGAUUCAGAACUCGAGGAGAAAGAGAAUGACCCCAUGAUACACGAGGGGUUUAUCCUUCGUAUGCAGCCGGGACCUGACUGCGACUAUCUACGCAAGGCUAUCGAGGAUGGCACGGUGCAUCUACCUCGGUCCAAAAACGGUGCGGAUGUCAAGAUGAGGAUGCUAGAUACACUCGGUAGGAGGGGCAUUAUGAUUAUUAGAGGCAAUCAAUACGCAAUUACCAUGGUGGACUUGCCGUGCAUCGUCGAGGGAAUGAAAUCAUGGGACAAGAAGGGUUGGAUCAAGAGCAUUGAUGUCUGCCAAAUGUUGUUGGUGUUGGGACGUUGCCACACCGAUGAAGAGGCGAGAAAUUAUCCCCUUCCUGAAGAUGUCGAUCCCAAGAACUAUCAAUACGCACACGGUUUGACAGCACCGAUGAAAUGGGUGAGAAAGAGACGAUUCGCAAGAACGAAAAGAACCAGAGUCGACGACAUCGAGUCGGUGGAGAGACGUGUCAAAGCACUGCUCGAAGCUGACAAGGCCGCAACUUUGGUGCGAUAUCAGCUUCUUGACCACGAUCCUCGGCUCGACGAAGAGCGAUAUAGUUCUGGAUUGGGAGAAGAUGAGGAUGCCGAAGCCGAAGAGGACGAGGAACCCGAGGACUAUUUUGCCUUUCAGAAUGGCCACCAUGCUCCUGCUUUCGAAACGCCAAUGCUCACCGAGACGCCGGUUCAAGACAUCGGACAGGAUGAGGUUGACGAGUUCGAGCGCAUGUUCGCGGACGACGAUGCUCCAGGACCAUCUGCUUCUGCACAGACCCAAAGCACCACCUUGCACCCUCCUGAAGGCGGUGACUCGUCGUUCCCAGUCACGAGCACCUCUGCAUCUCCUUCAGCUACAGUUGCACAUACACCGGCGUCUGCCGUCGAUCAAUCCUCGGAUGACGACGAUGACGAAGGUGGGGAUGAAGAUGGAGAUCUCGACGAUGCCGACAAGGAAGGUGAUGACAAUCUGCAGCAGGUCAAGGAUCGAAUUGAAGACAUGCAACAAAAGAUCGCCGAGCAGACCGAGUUACUUAAGAAGACUCCGAGUGCAAUCUUGAAGAAGAAGCUGGCACGGAAGAUUCAAGAUCUCAAAGACGACGUGUUCUUGAUGAAGAAGAAUGCCGGUCUCGGCGGAGACGAAGAUGAUGACUGAUGGGUUUCUUUUGCAUCGCGAGGCGUGCAACGCUUUGUAAAGUGGGUGGCAUCACAAUGUGACCUGGCGUUGGUUUCACUUUUGCAUUUGCACGUGGAUGGUGUUCGAGCAGAGCCAUGACAUGACUCAGAGUUUCGGAUGAUGGGAAACAAAGUUGAAUUUCAUUAAGAGAAAGGUUACAGGUUUCAGAUCAUGGUUGUUGCACAAGACAUUAUUGCAAGAGAUAAUGUCACCGUCGACCAAAAGACCGUGUUAUUACAGAUUUCUAUCCAUGCUGCCUGUGGGAAGGUAGAUGGGAUCGACCAACAGAAUUGGUUCUUGGAUCACAAAAUCGACCCUGAUGGAUUAAGAGGUCUCAUUCAAUGUAUUGUAUUAGUGAACAUAGUUUUCCCCCGAAUGAAGACUUUGG